AUGGAGGGCCUGUCGCCCCCCGAAACAGACGAGUGUGCGAAGCCGCAUAACCGGGAGUGCAACACAACUCCUUCAAGUGGUUCUCCCCCUUCAAAUAUUCCUCCUCAGCAACUGCUGUGCAGCGUGCGAUCAGGGAUGCACUCGAAUUUAACUGAGAGUGCUUGGGAGUCGCGGGAGAGUAACUCCGGCUAUGCCCACGAGAAGCAAUCUGGUGUGGAUGGGGACGCUUGCACGAGGUACUAUCAACGACUUCAUCGCUUUUACGAGCAGUACAACCCAAAGAAUCUGAGCAGAAUAUCGGAAUAUUUGGCUGCAUAUAAGGGGAAGGAAGAACAAUUGAUGGCAAUACUCGUUGGGAAGUAUGGUCCCGAGCCCGUCGAUCGCGGACCGCAAACGAAUCUUUCUUGUUGCAGUGGAGAUGAUUCGGUUAUGCAUUUUUCCGGCAAGCGCUACAGGAUACCGACAGUGGUUACCCCCCAGCAGGGUAACACGGACUGUGAAACACCUUACUGGGGGAACUCGCCCCUUAUUGGCGAGCGUGACAUAUUGGGGCUACUGUCUAGUCUCGAGACGGCCAAUGUGGAGCUUCAGAAGUGUUACAUCGGUCCAUCUGCCCAGCAUCCCACGUCUUCCUGGAACGGCAUGACAUACGUCACGCGAGCGGAGAUAUUUACCCCCAAUGAGGAAACCUUUUUAGGCCACAAGUGGACCUUUACCCUCGGCAGCAAAAAGGUAUUAGUUCACGAGGGAAGCGCGUAUCACCGAGCGACAUUUUUUUGUACUGACGAGUGCCAAUACAGAGGACGGCAUGAGCGGUGGCGGCUGUGCGUGUACACAAGUUCUGUGGAUUCACUCUAUUUGGUUCGAGUUAUUUGGGACCCUGUUGUAUACCUGGAACCCCUCCCGCUCGACCGUUCCGCUUUGUCGCAGCAUUCCUCCUCCGAGGCCAUGCCCAUAGCCGGCUCGAGUGUAAGCUACCAGACGUCGUGCGGGAAGGGGAAUACGGAGCCAGAGCAACCGCUUAUCUCAGCCACUAUGAUAAACAUCAUGACGAUGCUGGAGAACAUGGACAAAAAGAUAUCGGGGCGGUUUGACGCGUUGGAGGCGCGGUUUUCGUUUUUGGAGUCAAAGUUGCUUGGGGCAGUUGAUGACAAGCAGAGAACUGAAGACAGAUGA